AUGGGGAUUUCGGGGCUCCACGGACUGUUGAAGUCGAUCCAGAAGCCUUGCAGUAUAAAGAAGUUCGCUGGCCAGACUCUAGGCGUUGACGCAUAUGGGUGGUUACAUAGAGGGACAAUUGCCUGUGCAUAUGAACUGGUACUCGGCAAGCCGACAACGAAAUAUGUUGAUUUUGCUAUAGGCCGCAUACGCAUGCUUCAGCACCAUGGAGUUACCCCAUAUAUUGUGUUUGACGGGGGAAUGCUGCCUAGCAAAGAGGCUACGGAAGCGUCUAGAGCCGCCAGACGAGAAGAAAGCAAAAAGUUAGGUGAAGAACACAUGCGAAGAGGUAGAACUGCUGAAGCAUAUCAAGAGUUUCAAAAGGCUGUCGACGUCACGCCCUACAUGGCUCGCGUCUUGAUUGAGGAAUUGAAGAAGCACAAGAUCAAAUAUCUGGUGGCUCCGUAUGAAGCUGAUCCCCAAUUGGUAUACCUGGAGAAGCAGGGAAUUAUCAAUGGAAUCAUCUCAGAGGACUCCGAUAUGCUUGUCUUUGGUGCCAAGCGUCUUCUGUCCAAACUCGACAAGAACGGUGACUGUAUAGAGAUCAACCGGGGAGACUUUACCGCUUGUCGAGAUAUCAGUCUGAUAGGUUGGACUGAUGAGAACUUCCGCCAUAUGUGCAUUCUCAGCGGAUGCGACUAUCUUGCCAACAUCCCUAAGAUCGGACUGAAAACUGCGUACCGGAGUAUUAGGAAGCACAAAACAGUGGAUCGAGUUGUCAAAAUGAUUCAAUUCGAUGGGUCAAAUCGUGUGCCGCCAGGAUAUCUCGAUAACUUCAAUCGAGCCGAACUUACUUUCCUGCACCAACGAGUGUUCUGUCCUACUACAAAAGCGUUGGUUAUGCUUAAUCCAUUACGGGAUGGCGGGAAUGGAGAGGAUAUGCCCUAUAUCGGGGCUAUCCUCGAGCCCCAUAUAACCAUUGGAAUUGCCUAUGGCGACCUUGACCCAAUCACCAAGGAGCCCAUUGAGAUUAAGCGAUCUUACCCAGAGCGAGAGAGACUGGUCCGAACUGGACGACAGUCCAUUACCUCGUUAGAUGAGAAAAAGCCCGUCCGAGAGAUACAAGAGUUCUUUACACCAAAGCGUGUUCCACUUUCCGAGCUGGACCCAAACUCAAUGACCCCUUCAUCAGGACCAAAUCGGCCAUUGAUGAGUCGACAUGGCCGAUACUCCCUAGCUGCCAACCGGGUAUCGACUCCUCCCAGUGUCACCAGAAGUGCAGCGUCCAUACCAAACACGCCAACCGACCGGGCUCGGCGGACAGAAGCAUUCCUUAGGUCUGCCUCCGAACUACGGCCGCCUCAAGUUCAGAAGAGACAGCGCCUCUGUUCGGAUGCUGAUGAAGAGAGCAUCGCGGGAGCCAUGACUGAAGUAAGCCGCUUCUUUGCGGGCUCGGGAGGACCCUCUGCGGCUCGGAAGGACACAACUAGCAAGAAACUCAAGAGUAGCAAACUUCAUGUUUUUUCCGAUCAGGAGGCUUCCAUAUCCCCUAGUCGAGGCGUAGCCAAAGAGAACACCGCCGACGCCAACUCCCCACAGACUUUACCGUCCAGUCAGCCUCUUUCUACCUUUCACACAGAGGCCACACCCUUCACCAGCUCGCAAGGAUCUUCUACCAGACCAUCUAAGAGAGAGUCUUUGUUGCCAUCUAAAUCAGCCAGUAGGCGAUCUGUUGAUGCUGAUUCUGACCCGGCAUUAUUUGAGAGUGUGUUGAACUACAACGUAGAGCGCAAUAACUUGAACCUACGAGAGAAAUAUACAUUCAGACCUUCGGAGCAGAGCGAAACUGCCAACCAAUCAUCCAGGAGAUCUCUCAAGCGAACUCUCUCCUCUCAGCUGCGAGCAACACCACUACAGCGGCUAAAGCAAAACGCUCUAACACGGUCAAAGUCUAUGACCUGCCUUCAACCGCCAACGCCUGCUGAUAAACCCGACGAGUCAACCAAAGCACCCGCAAUUACUGUUGCCAAAGCAGCGGACCCCCUUCCUGCAACGAGAAAGACCGUCUCACAGGGUGGAAGUGAGGAUAUGAUCAUACCAAAUAGCGACAAUUCAGUCGACGAAGAGAAUGACACCCAAGGAACUGUCUACUCCUUCGACUUCUCUCAAUAUGCAUUUAGAAAGGCGUAA